ACAGACAACGACUUACUUCGUCUGAUGGGCACCCAACGCACUCCUGCUCGUGGUCCCGAGCAAGAUAAAAGGUGGAAGCAAGGACUGAACGACCUGAUCAAAGAACUUCGCACCAGCGGAACGAUUGGAAAGGAUGCAGGACUAAUUGCCCAGCGCAUUGCUGAGUACCGCCGUGCUUUUGUCAAUGACCCGACGCGAGUGGUUAUGUUCAACGAUUGA